AUGUCUUCCAAUAAUGACCCUGUUGCAGUCCCAGGGACAGAAGGAAAUUCCAAUGACCUUCUAGAAAAUUCCAAUGACCCAAGCACACUGCCUAGAGAGGCUGUGUUAAGUUUUUAUAACAUCAGCUACCACGAAACAGUGCAGCAUGGCUUUCCAUUUUAUAAAAAAACACAUGUGGUAAAAAGACUAUCAAAUAUCAGUGGGAUCAUGAAACCUGGCCUCAAUGCAAUUAUGGGACCUCAAAAUGGGAGCAGAUCUUUGUUAUUAGAUGUCUUAGCUGCAAGGAAAGACCCACGUGGAUUAUCAGGAGAUAUUUUGAUAAAUGGAAAACCUCGACCUGCUAAUUUCACAUGUACUUCUGGUUAUGUGCCACAGAAUGACGUGGUGAUGCACACGGUGACUGUGAGAGACAAUGUAGAGUUCUCAGCUGCUCUUCGACUGCCAAUGACUAUGACAAGAGAUGAAAAAAGAAGACGGAUUAAUGAGGUCCUUGAACUUCUGCAUCUGGAUAAAGAGUCAAAUGUCAAGCCUAGAUCUAAAGAGCUCAGGAAAAGGACCAGUAUAGCAAUGGAGUUGGUCACCAAGCAUCCCAUUUUGUUCUUGAAUGAUCUCACCACUGGCUUAGACUUUAGAACUGCAGCAGAUGUCAUGUCAGUUCUGAAAAGGAUGUCUGUGAGGGGACAGACAAUCAUCUUCUCCAUUAAUCAGACCCAGUUGUCCAACUUCGUACUUUUUGACAGCCUCACCUUAGUGGCCUCAGGAAAAGUCGUGUUUCAUGGGCCUGCAAUGGAGGCUUUGGAUUACUUCAAAUCUGCAGGUAUGGCUGGCUUUGGUUAUCUGAAAUCUGAAGGCUUCUUUAUGAACAUCAUUGCUGGAGGUUUCCUUGCUCUAUUAGACACAGAGGAAGGCAUUCAUAAUGACAAUGAACAUAAUAAGCUUUCUGAGAGACAGAACCAACUCACAGAAAAAUUAGCCAAUAUGUAUGUCCAGUCCUCCAUAUACAGCAAAAUGAGAACUGAACUGGAUCAACUCUUGGGGGAACAGAAUGUAGGAAGGAGCUCAGCCUUGGAGGAGAUCACGUGUGCCACCCCUUUCUGGCAUCAGCUCUGGUGGAUUAUCUGUCGUUCAUUUAUAAACUUCAAGGGUUUACCACGGAUCAGCGUAAUUUGGGCAAUUAUCACAGUCUUACUGGCCAUGAUUGUGGGUAUCACUUUCCGUGUCCUAAGAAAUGAUUGUACUGAAGUUCAUGCUAGAGCCAGCCUGCUCUUCUUCCUCACAAUCUUCCAGUGUCUUAUAAGUGUGACUGCAAGGGUGCUCUUCGUGAUUGACAGGGAUCGCUUUCUACAUGAGCACACCAGUGGAUACUACAGAGUGUCAUCAUAUUUCCUUGGGAAAUUGCUGGCUGAGCUGGUACCCAGGAGGUUAUUCCCAAGUAUUAUAUUUACUGUUAUAAUAUUCAGCAUAGCAGGAGUAGACACAGAUGUGAAGGGUUUCUUCACUAUGAUAUUUACCAUCAUGAUGUUGACUACUUCUGCCAGUUCCUUGACACUGUCUAUAGAGGCAGGGCAGAUUGCAGUGGGUUUAUCAACGACACUCCUUGUGACCAUCUACUUUGUGUUCAUGCUGUUUUUCUCAGGUCUGUCAGUAUUUUCAGGAAGUUUCAUACCUGGACUCCCAUGGAUUCAGUACAUUAGCAUUCCGCAUUAUGGACUUGCAGCUUUGCUGCACAAUGAGCUCCUGGGACAAAACUUCUGUCCAGAACACAAAACAGCAGAAAUCAGUAGAUGUCAGAACUUAGUAAUAUGCACUGGAGAAGAAUUCUUGAUGAUCCAGGGCAUUGACCUCUCAUCUUGGGGCUUCUGGGAGAAUCACGUGGCCUUAGCUUGUAUAACGAUUAUCCUCUUAUCAAUUACCUAUGUGGAGUUAUUAGCUUUUACGAAAAAGAGACAUUUUUAA